GAUGAAGAGGAGGAGCUGGCUCAGUGGUCUCCACACGUUCAGCUGUUGGAGCUGCACAAAGAGAGAGACAAAGGCCUCGGCUUCAGCAUCCUCGAUUACCAGGACCCUCUGGAUCCUGGCCGCUGCGUGAUGGUGAUCCGGUCUCUGGUCCCCGGUGGCUCGGCAGACCUUCACGGUGGUUUUCUCCCAGGAGACCAGCUGGUGUCGGUCAACCACACAAAGCUGGACUCUCUGAGCCUGGACCAGGCCGUGGAGGUGCUGAAGACCGCCCCCCCCGGCACGGUGCGCCUGGGCCUCUGCAAGCCCCUGGUGGCGGUGGAGGAACCACAGAGGAUCAGCCAGGGGUCUCUCAGCCACACACAGCUGCCUGUCCCAAAGGGUUUCGGUGACGGCUCCAUCCUGCCAGAAGACCUUCGUCAUAGAGAGGAAGAGGAGGAGGAGGAGGAGCCAGAGCUGAUCCUGGAUGGAGGUCUACCUCGCUACACCUCCUCCUCUCUGACCUCUGACCUCCGGCUGAUGCCACCUGAUGAGGGCAGAGAGAUGGCCGUGGAUGAGGAGGAGGAGGAGGAGGAGGAGGAGGAAAAGGAGGAGGAAAAGGAGGAGGAAGAGGAGAGGAAAGCUCCUCCGUCCUGGGAGGAGUGGAAGCUAAACUCCUCCAGCCAGAGAGGAGCAGAGGAGAUUUGGAGCCGAGAGAAACAGCAGCUGGAGGAUGAAGACCUGCAGAGAUCGGACCAUGAAAGCAUCGUGUCUUUGGGGAACCUGAUUCUGGAUCCCAGAGACAGCGAAGCAGACUCUGAACUCACUCUGACAGACACAGACACAGAGUCUGUCAGGGUGAUUGGUACAGAGAGACGGAAGAGGCGGAGCCAGGGUGGAGCCUCUGUACCAAUCAGAAGAGGCCACGGUGAUCUUCCUGAAAGAGAAGAUGGGGAGGGAGAGGAAACUCCUGCCUUCAGUCACUGGGGACCCCCCUGCAGGGUGGAGGUGUGGCCCGAGGAAGGCCAGUCUUUGGGUCUGAGCAUCGUCGGAGGGCAUCAUGUGAUCAAGCGUCUGAGGAACGGAGAGGAGCUGAAGGGGAUCUUCAUCAAGCAGGUCUUAAAGAACAGUCCUGCUGCCAAAACUCGGUGUCUGAAGACCGGAGACAAGAUCCUGGAGGUGUCGGGUGUUGACUUGCGAGUGGCCAGUCACGAGGACGCUGUAAACGCCAUCAAAUCAGCUCCGAGCCCCGUCGUCUUCAUCGUCCAGAGCCUGAUGGCGACUCCACGGACAGCAGGGGCAGCCCCGCCCCCUCUGAUACAGCCCCCGCCCUAUAGACCUCCCAACCAAUCAGAACAGGAGCUGAAGACUGACCUGGAGCAGGCCAAAGAGCGGUGGUGUGAGCGUUACGGCGAGCUGCAUGGCGAGCUGCUGUGCGUGGAGCUGGAGAAGGAGCGCCAGGGUCUGGGUCUCAGCCUGGCCGGGAACAGGGACCGGUCCCGCCUCAGCAUCUUCGUGGUGGGACUCCAUCCGACGGGACCGGCCGCUCGGGACGGGCGCAUUCGGGUCGGAGACGAGCUGCUGGAGAUCAACAGCCAGGUCCUUUACGGGCGGAGCCACCAGAACGCCUCGGCCAUCAUCAAGAGCGCUGCUGCCAAGGUGAAGCUCAUCCUGCUCAGAAAUGAGGAUGCUAUAAACCAGAUGGCUGUCCCACCCUUCUCGACUCCCCCCCCUCCCCUUCCUGUUGUCAGCCCUGAGUCUGUGUGCCGCCCCCCCGACAGCUUGAAGCUCCACCCCUCAUCGGACACACCGGACGAGACGAGAGAUGAAGCUGAAAACAACAACAGAAACAGAAGCAGCAGUAAAAGCUCCAGCAGGAGUCCCACAGCCUCCAACAAGGUCAGCGAGAGACUGAAGGUUCCCCAAAACGAGCUUCAGGCUCUGAAUACAUCGCUGGAGCAGCAGACAGCAGCCUCUCCUCCUCUGAUCAGCCCUGACCUGCAGAUGGCCAGCAGAGACCCAGCAUGCUGUGCGGUGGUUCCCGGUCAGGAGAUGCAGCUGGAGAUCUGUAAAGGUCGAUCUGGACUAGGACUCAGUAUAGUGGGAGGAAGAGACACACAGCUGGACGCCAUCGUGAUCCACGAGGUUUAUGAAGAAGGAGCUGCAGCCAGAGACGGACGACUGUGGUCCGGAGACCAGAUACUCGAGGUGAACGGGGUGGACCUGCGCGGGGCGUCCCACGAGGAGGCCAUCGCCGCGCUGAGACACACGCCGGGGAAGGUGUGUCUGACGGUGCUGAGGGACGAGGCCCAGUACCGAGACGAGGAGAACCUGGACGUGUUUAAGGUGGAGCUGCAGAAGAGGAGCGGCAGAGGGCUGGGACUCAGCAUCGUCGGGAAAAGGAGUGGUAGUGGUGUGUUUAUAUCUGAGGUGGUCAGAGGAGGCGCCGCGGAGCUGAACGGUCGCCUGAUGCAGGGAGACCAGAUCCUGUCGGUCAACGGAGACGACACAAGGCAAGCCUCGCAGGAAACUGUCGCCGCCAUACUGAAGUGUGCUCGGGGUCCGGUUCUGUUGGAGCUCGGACGGCUCAAAGCUGCAUCCUGGAUCUCAUCCAGACGCAACUCACAGGGAAGCCAGAUGAGUCGUGUGAGUGGGAACAGUUCAGGAGUCGUGGCUCCGCCCCUCACACACACCUUACCGUCAUGUGACCCCGUGACCUCUGACCCCCCCGUGACCUCCACCGGCCCCCCUCCCCUCAACAACAACAGGAAGUCCAGCAGCGACAUCACUUCCUCCUCUAAGAGCUCAGAUGCUGGCAUCCGUACUGUGGAGAUAACAAGGAGUGUGAGUGACUCCCUCGGGGUGAGUAUAGCGGGGGGGAAAGGUAGCCCACUGGGGGACAUCCCCAUCUUCAUCGCCAUGAUCCAGGCCAGCGGAGUGGCCGCCAAGACUCACCGACUCAAGGUGGGCGACAGGCUGGUCAGUAUCAAUGGUCAGUGUGUGGAUGGUCUGACACACAGCGAGGUCGUGGCGAUGCUGAAGAACGUCUACGGAAACAUCAGCCUGCAGGUGGUAGCAGACACCAACAUCAGCGCCAUCGCCACUCAGGUGGAGGGCUUGUCCAGCAGCUCCAGUCUGUCUGCCAACACUGACACACACACAGCAGAACCAGAGGCUCCACGGCCCCGCAGCAUCAGCCUGGAGAAAGGGUCCGAGGGUCUGGGCUUCAGCAUCGUCGGGGGGUUCGGGAGCCCCCACGGAGACCUGCCCAUCUACGUCAAGACCGUCUUCAGCAAGGGCGCGGCGGCGGUAGACGGGCGUCUGAAGCGUGGCGAUCAGAUCCUGACGGUGAACGGAGAGAGUCUGCAGGGAGCCACGCACGAGCAGGCAGUCGCCAUCCUGAAGAAACAGAGAGGAACCGUCACACUGGACGUCCUGUCAUAACACACACACACACACACACACACACAAACACACACACAUGUCUGUAUUACUAUCUUUGUGGGGA